UAAAACCUACAAUUAUAGGCUCAAACUUGUUGAAGUCAACCAUUAAGGCUGCAGAAAGAGUUAAAAGUAUUUUUGUGUCUAGAUGUGCUCCGGAAACAACCGCAGGUGAAAUCGAUAGUUUUUUAAAAAAUGAAAACAUAAUUACUAACCUAAAAACUGAAAAACUUGUGACUAAGCUUGAUUUUUACUCUAGCUUUAAAGUUAAGGUUCCUGAAAAGGACUUCGAACGGGUCUUAAACCCAGACUUCUGGCCUAGUGGGUUGUUUGUCAAGGAAUUUGAGGUACUGAAACCCAGUCAUAGGCCGCGCCCUUUAGCCAAGCCUAGAUCUGUACCCGAGAGACAGGACUCCGCUAAGGUUGCUAACAAUCCUACUUACCCUAGUAGAGUUUUUUUUAGGGAAUCAUUCAACUCGUCAACCAGUGAAUUAAUCCCCUGCAUUAGGCUUCUGCAUCAGAAUGUCGAAGGACUAGGUAAUAAAAUUGAUGCAGUUGAGCACUUUGUGUAUGAUGUUCAGCCUCAUUUCCUAAUUUUAAGUGAACAUCAGCGAACAGAUAAGGAUUUGGAACUCUUUAAAUUCGAUAAUUAUAAACUGAUAUCAUUUUUCUGCCGAAAGAAUCACAAGGGUGGGGGUGUAGUUCUCUAUGCACAUUCUGACAUAUCUAGCCUUGUUUCUACCAUUCCCUGGACUAAUGAAUACUGUGCCGACCUAGACUGCGAGUUAGUCAUGGGUAAACUUGUUAUCUUAAAUUUUGUGAUCCUAAUUUUAGGUAUCUACAGAUCUGGUAACGGGAACUUUGACAACUUCUUUCAGAGAUUUGAUGCUGUUCUCAAUAGAGUUAAUGGGCCAAACAAAGGUAACCGUGCAAACAUUGUAAUUUUGGGUGACUUGAACAUUAAUUCACUAUGUACAAAUAGGCUUUAUAUGGAUUUCAGCGAUCUGGUAAAAGUGUAUGAUUUAGAUGAUGUUCUUGCAACUGUUCCAACUAGAUUAGCACAUAACUCGGUUGGUAGUUCAAUCGGCCAUGUUAUUACGAAUGCCAAAAACUUUGAAGCCUAUGUUGUUGAUGGUGGUAUUUCUGACCAUUUUGGUCAGGUAAUUGAUGUAUUUGAUGACAGCCUAUCUCAUGUAAAUAUUAAAAGUAGCAUAAGAAGAACUUCUAAAAGAAGUUUCUCUGAUAAAAAUGUAAAUAGCCUAAAAAUGUGUCUAGAUACCGAAAGUUGGGAAAAUGUUUAUUCCUCUAAUGAUGUAAAUGUUAAAUGGGAAAAUUUUGCUGGUACACUGCAGUGGUACCUUGAUUGGAACUGUCCAAAAAAAUCGGUCAAAGUAAAUGUUAAAAAUAGUGACAGCAAUGGUAACAAGUUGUCCAAUAAGGUUAGGUUAAGCAAUGAAACUUUGAAAUUAAAGGAAGAUAUGUUAUACCAAUCAUACCUUUUCAAACAAACAGGCAAUCUAGCUUUUAAGGAUUCUUAUAAGCAACUCAAAAACAAGUUUAGACUUGAGGUAAGAAAUGAGAAGGCUAGCUUAAUAAAAUCUAAGAUAGACUCCUCUCAGAAUGUUUCAAAAAGUGCUUGGGCUCUGGUCAAUAAUCUCAGGUUGACAAAUGUAAGUAAAAAUGAGUUUGUAAAUAUUUCUCUGAAAGAUGAGGAAAAUGUUGUUGUAAAUAGCCCUGUAUGUGUAAGUAACUUGUUCAAUGAUUUUUUUGUAAACCCAUUUGAGGGUUGUUCUAAAGGCCAAAUCACAUCUCUGUUGAAACCAAAUAGUAGGGAUGAGACUCCUAUGUGCCCUGUGGUAACCUUGGAUGAAACAUUGCAGCUGAUCAACGGCCUUACUAACAAACUAUCUUGUGGAUGGGAUGACUUUUCUCCAAAGCUUUUGAAAGAUUGUAAAUAUGAACUUGCUCCUAUUUUGUGUCAUUUGUUACAAUAUACAGUUGCUAGUGGUAUUUUCCCCGAUGUUUUAAAACUAACUGUUGUAAAACCAUUGCACAAGAAGGGUCCGAAAGAUAAUGUUUCCAAUUAUCGGCCCAUCUCUUUGACAUCCACUUUCAGUAAGGUUGUGGAGAAACUUAUGCUUAAGCACCUAAAAAAGUUCACUAUUGAACAUGACAUAAUACCUGAAUACCAACACGGCUUUAGAGAGAGUAGGAGUACUACCUCGGCUGCUGCAGAAUUUGUCCACACUGCCUUGAACAAGUUGGAUAGUGGUUGUAAAGUGGCUGGGGUGUGUUUGGAUCUCUCUAAAGCCUUUGACAGGGUCAACCAUGCAAUCCUGGUCAAUAGGUACGACACGAGACGAAAGGAUGAUUUUCACCGUGUGAGGAGGAAUUUCAACAAAACUGGCCGAAGUCCUUUUGUGAUGGGGUCAAUUUAUUUCAACCUCCUACCAAACAAUAUAAAGGAAUUAGAAGGCACUAAAUUCAAAAUUGCUCUGAAGAAUUGGCUAGUUAAAAAAAGACCGUACUCAUCAAAAAUUUCAGAUCUAACCGAUUCGGCAUAACAAUUUGGAAAACUACAUUUUGAGUGAUCUAAGUUGAGCCCAGGUUUGUACACUAAGAGGUAAUAUUGUUUUAUAUACAUUGAAAUUGUAUUCUUUUUUCUUUUAUUUUGACAUUGGUGACU